AUGGAAGAUGAGAAGCGCGAAGUAGAGGAAAAAGAGAAGAAGAAGCUCGAGAACGCGAUGAAGCCUUGGUUCAAUAACCGCGACGCGCUCGACGGGACUGUGUCGCACCCCGAACGUCACUCCAGCGCCGUGGGUAAGUACCUGCCCGCAACCCUUUUGGCGCAGAACAAGAAACUCGACAAGCCCGCGGCGAGUGCCGCUGGCAGCGCAUGUCCGUCGCCGCCUGCGCGCACGAAUCCACUGGCAAAGAGCGAGUCGGCGACUGAGGCUGACGGUGGGGCGAGUGACGUUUCGGGCGCGAAAGGCGAGAAGAAACGCACAGCGGAGGCCGCGGGCCUCGCGCCGGCGACCGCACUGACGACGGCUUUGAAAAUCGGCGAGGAGAGACAGGCCACUCACCAAAAACUGGAGGGCAAGGGCCGCAGCCUCCUCGAGUACGCAACUGUGCCGCAGAAGGUGAAAGUCUCCCGCAAGGCGUUCGAUUUUUCCAGCUGGUAA